CUUCCAAGGGCCUCAGGCAGUCUCCUGUGCCGCAUGUCACCAGAGACUCUUUUUCAGGGCGUGACUGGCAAUAUGAAGACAGCUGCCAGCAAUGUCCUGGUGGCUCUGGCUCGGACGCACUUCACCUUGGUGAUGGCCGAGCUCCAGAGCCACCUGAAGGCCACGGGGGACAUGUGCAAGGAGUUUGUGCUCGUCACCCUGAGCAAACUCUUCAGCACCUAUGCUCCGCAGUGCAUCCCCUUCGUGUGGCUGAUGCUGGCCGGCCUGCGCAGUGUGGUGGGCCAGGUGAGGAGUGGCCAGACCCUGCGCAUCGCUUGUGCUGUUGUGAAACAGUGGCUGGAUGGAUUGAAGAUUCACUUGUCCUCUGGAAUGCAAUGCCCCUGGCCUGCCAUGGAGAAAGAGCAGAUCUAUGAGAACCUUCACGAGCUGCUCUUCUCUGUGCUGAGGAACUGGCAGGACUGCCAGGAGGAGGAGGACAAACAGGCCGUCCUCGGGGCUGUGGCUGCCAUGUUGGCUGUUCUCCUGCAAGAGGAGCUGCACCGAGAGCACGUCUGGGAGCAGCUCCUCUGGCUUGUGCACCCGUGUCAGGAGAUCCAAGACACCCGCAGGGUGGCCAAGAGCCUCACUGUCUUCCUGGAGGCCUUAGAGGGCACUGAGUAUGUCAUCCCAAAGGACAGGUUUCUGGACAUCAUCAGUGCCGUGUUCUACCAGCUCUAUGACGACACUAAGCAGCACAGCGAGGCGGAUCAUGCAGAGCUGACCCACUGCAUCAUGCUGCAGGCCCAGAUCUGCCCAGAAGAAAUGGUCCUGUUUCUGCAGUCACAGCUGGGCGAUGACUGGGAGGCUGGAUGCGUGGCAGCCCUGG